CUCAAAGAAUCCGCCUUUUUUCUCUCCCUUCACUCUUUCUCAUUCACAUUCUCCCUCCCUCCCUCCCUUGUUCUUGUUGCAAUAAAAAAAAGCCCUAACUGAGCAAGAAUGGCGAGUAAUUCAACGGCCAACUUGGAAGAUGUGCCCUCCGUAGAUCUCAUGACUGAGCUCCUCCGUCGCAUGAAGUGCUCCUCCAAACCUGACAAACGUCUCAUUCUCAUUGGCCCGCCGGGAUCUGGAAAAGGCACUCAAUCACCAAUAAUUAAGGAUGAGUACUGUCUGUGCCACUUGGCAACAGGUGAUAUGUUGAGAGCUGCUGUUGCUGCUAAAACCCCGCUUGGGAUUAAGGCUAAGGAGGCAAUGGACCAGGGACAACUUGUUUCUGAUGACUUGGUGGUUGGCAUUAUGGAUGAAGCAAUUAAGAAACCCUCAUGUCAGAAAGGUUUUAUUCUUGAUGGGUUUCCCAGAACUGUUGCACAGGCACAGAAGCUUGAUGAGAUGCUUGAGAAGCAAGGAGUUAAAGUUGAUAAGGUGCUCAAUUUUGCAAUUGAUGAUGCCAUAUUGGAGGAGAGGAUUACCGGUCGCUGGAUCCACCCUUCCAGUGGUAGGAGCUAUCACACCAAAUAUGCGCCUCCGAAGGUUCCUGGUAUUGAUGAUGUGACUGGUGAACCUUUGAUUCAACGUAAAGAUGAUACUGCAGCUGUUCUCAAGUCAAGAUUGGAGGCUUUCCACAAGCAAACUGAACCGGUAAUCGACUAUUACUCCAAGAAGGGCAUUGUGGCAAAUCUUCAUGCAGAAAAACCUCCCAAAGAUGUUACAGCUGAGGUGCAGAAAGCACUUUCCUAGUGAAAGUGAGCCAAAGCUGAGGAAUUUGCUGGGCAUUCCUAGUUUUUUGUUCACAUGUACUUGAUAUACUGUCGAAUGUUUUCAUCGGUGUUCCAUUGAAUGAUUGCAAAUAUUGCGGCUGGCUUCCGUUUCUUAGAUUUACACUCAAAUAAUAAACAUCACAGAUUUGGUUGGAGCUCAAGUUUUUCUUGUACUAUUUUUUCCUCAAUUUGGCGGAGAUGGGUAUAUGGCAUAAUAUUUCUGAAGGUGGAAAGUGACUAAGACCCGCCUGCACGGCCUUUUAUAAGUUCAAAAUUGUUCCACUGUUAUAUUGUCUGAUAAUGCUGAUUAUUAGCUUA